UUCACUUUCGUUGGAUUCUCUGCCGAAUUGGUGUAUGCGUACUUGAGAUCGCUGCAACAGAGGUGGUGAACGGUGCCGGUGAUGAGCGUGUGGCUGCACGAUUGAUUCAUUUAAUCCUGAACGAGCGGUACGACCAGAAACGACGGCAUUUAUGCCCGAGAGGAACACGGCUGGCGACAUGAGCAAGACCGGGGAGGAUAACCUUCUACCUCACCACUACCAACAGCAGGUGGAAUUCAAUGGACGAGAGGAUCAACAUUCAGUUGAAUUAUGUAGCACGGACGUGAUUAUUGUCCCUUCCCCUGGUAAUCAUGACCAUGGUAGUUCUAAAGUAAAAUUGAAAAAUAUUGUUGAUUUUACAUGGGAUCAUCAUCUUUAUCCUGGCCAAUUGUUGGCCGUUCAUAUAUCUGGAAAAUAUUUAGCCUAUGGUUUAAAAGUUGGUACCGGUGGUGGGGUAGUUCGUGUUGUGUACAAGGAAUUAGAACUUAGAACUCUGCUACGAGGAAUGCGAGGUGCUAUUCAAGAUCUAGCGUUUGCCCAUGUUCCAAAUGCAAUUCUUGCGUGUGUCGAUUAUACAGGAUCACUUUUUAUACAUUCAAUUGAACCGACGCCGUCUGAAUUAUUAUCUAGUUUAGUAUUACAAGUAGACGCGGAAGACCCUUCUCCGACUACUCACCGAGUGAUCUGGUGCCCAUACAUCCCAGAAGAUGACGCCGCUGAUGCAGAUGAAGUAUCAAAAUUAUUAAUCCUAACUCGCGGUUCCAAAGUAGAAUUGUGGUCGGUUUCAACAGUAGCGUCAAGAUUUAGAUCAGUAGAGGCAACAAAUUCAGUUGUUAAAGAAAUCGGUGGCAUGAUAGAAAUUGAUCAACACUCGGGAACUAUUGUUGAAGCUGCACUUAGCCCAGAUGGCACUGCAUUGGCAACUGCUAGUACAGACGGAGAAGUAAAAUUCUUUCAAGUCUUCCUUCAUAAUAAUUCUCACAACAAUCAACCACGUUGUUUACAUCAAUGGAGACCUCAUGGAGGACGACCUAUUUCCUGCCUGUUUUUCCCUGAUGAUCAUAAAAAUUAUCAACCUGAUGUUCAGUUUUGGAGAUUUGCUGUGACGGGGUGUGACAAUAAUUCAGAACUUAAAAUAUGGACGUGUGAAAUGUGGACUUGCUUACAAACAAUCAAAUUUGCUCCAAACCCUUCUACAGGCAAAUUGCCGGUACUAAAAGCAGGUUUAGAUCUUAGUGCUGGAUAUCUAUUUCUGUCAGAUAUAUAUAAUAAAAUUUUAUAUGUACUAAGUCUUAUAAAGGACAAAAAUGAAGCGAUAGCAUGCAUUAGCACGGUAUCAGAGUUUCUCCUGCCAUAUCCAAUUCUAAGUUUCGGAAUUGUCGAUGCCGAUCAACGUAAGAUACGGACUGGCGAAUCACUGGAAGAUCUAUGUGAAGAAAUUGAUGAGAACGAUGAACAACUUGUUAUUUAUAUGUAUCUAGUCCAACCAAAGUCGUUACAAGAGUGUCACAUUGCUUUUAAACCUGCCUCACAAGCAAACUAUCUCAUAGAUACGCUUACUGUACCAGAUAUGAGAACUGUUAAUGGCAUGUCUGGAGAAAAUUGUAAGGGAGAACUGUCUUUAUCCGCUACAAUUGAAACGACAAUUAAUCACAAUACUGGUGGUUUAAAUCUAAUGACGCCUGAUGCAUUCAGUUCACCUGCAAAAAAAGAGAGCAACGAAUUAGAAUCUAAUUCCGAAAGUCCAGAUUUAAGGAAAGUUUUACCCACUAGUCCUCUUACACAAGCGGUCCAAGCUUUGAACGCAUCUGAUCCGCCACUGGUAAAAAACGAAAUAGAAGAACAAGCUCCUGCAAGUUGUGGUAGCAGUCCAUCCAGAGAAGUGAGAGAAAUUUUAUCCCUUACUAAACCAGAUGAUGAAACUGAUGAAAUUGAUGUCAAGCCGGAAUCGAAAACAAAUGCCGAUGAGGAUUGGUCUAAUAUCCCAAUGGUCUUGCUUAAAGAUGUUAGUGUACACGCGAUGCAAGAGUCGGAAGAAUUUCCUGAAGACGAUGAGAAUAAUGUACAAAGACAAGAGAUGAAAGAUGAACCAAAAACACCAUCCCUUCCUACUGAUGAUCCUGCAACAUCGUGGCGACCAAACAACGAUAUUAUUAAUCAUGAAUUAAACAACAAAUUGAAAUCUAUUUUAGAAAUAGUUCAGGAUCAGUGUCAAGAAAUAAAGGAGUUGCGUGCCGAGGUUACUAGAUUACGGCAAGAAUCGCCAGUAUCCACGCGAAUAGAAUCGGCAUUGACGAGAAUGUCUCAGCAGCAAAAUGCCAACUUGGAACAAACUCUAUAUGAUCAAAUGACUCGUCAACACGAAUUUCUUAAUACAUUUGAGACAACGAUCAAAGAUAAAAUUGAAAGUACCUUGCCACGUACAGUCGAAGAAACUAUAAAGCCUUUGAAACAUCAAAUGAGAUUAGAUGUAAAUCAAAUGGAUGAACUCUUCCAGAAGAAUAUAACUGAAUUAAUAAACAGUCCUCAUGUAAAGGAUAUCCUAUCUUUGACAACUGCAAAUGCAGCUAAACCAGCUCUAGAUAUUGCUUUUAAAGAAAUAUUUGCAUCUGUCCUCUUACCUAAUAUGGAAAAGGUUUGCCAAGUAAUGUUUAAUCAAAUCCAAGACGUCUUUUUUAAAGGUACUCGCGAAUAUUUACAACAUAUUGAGUCAAUUAUCGAUAAACGGUAUCAACGUUAUAAUGAACAAUUAAACGAAAUGGUAUCAACAUUAAUACGCGAGGAAAUGCAGAUAGAAUUGAAUAGAAUUUUAACGACGAUGCAAGAUAAUACCAUUCGGGCAGUUCGUGAUUCCAUACGAGAAAAUCUGAAUCAGCAACUUACAGAAAUUUCUAGUGCACGAUCAAGAGCUACAACACCUGCUAUACCUGCAGCCACUGCAGCUGACGCUCAAGCACGUGUCAUGUCUCUUCUUCAAAGAAAUCAACUAAAUGCAGCUUUUCAACAGGCUUUAAGUGCAAGUGAUUUAGGAUUGGUAGUACUAGUGUGUGAAAAAACAGAACCUUCGAAAGUAUUUUCGGCUCCAGGAGCCCCAGGACAAGGUCCAAGAUGCAUUUUGCAGCAACCUGUAAUUCUUUCUCUCGUACAACAAUUAUCUGCUGAUCUAGGACAUCGUACAGAAUUGAAACAUAGAUGGCUUGAGGAAGCAAUAUUGAAUUUAGAUCCAAGUGAUCCUGUAACACGAGAACACAUGGGCACGGUGCUAAUGACCCUACAAAAUCAAUUAGCUACAUUUGUAACAAGUAAUCCGACUCAUCGAUCGACGCGCCGCAUGAAAAUGCUCGCUAUGGCUACGCGUGCAUUAUUAAGUCAGCAUCCUUGACCAUCACGUUUGUGAGAUUAUUCAAAUAUAAGAUAUAAGAUUUUUUAUGUUCUGUUUAAAGACGACUUUUGUCUAAAAGCAAUAUUAAGAGAAGUCGUGUUUAAGACUGGCAGUAUAAUUUUCAUAUAGAAUAUAAAACGGAUACAAA